GGUGGCGCGGUGCCCCUGCAGAUGUGGCGCUGGGCUCACGGCUGCGUCCUCGCUUGACCCCCCCAGGUCCCUGCCUGCAGCAAGGCCAGUGCCCGACGAUGCCCCAGCCGGGACCAUGUGCCCAGCAGUGCCGGGGCCCUGAGAGCUGAGCGGCGCGGAUCGCAGAGGGGGGGUCGUCCCCGCCGACUCCAAGAUGUCCUAUUUCGGGGAGCACUUCUGGGGAGAGAAGAACCACGGCUUCGACGUGCUGUACCACAACAUGAAGCACGGGCAGAUCUCCACCAAGGAGCUGGCCGACUUCGUCCGGGAGAGGGCCACCAUCGAGGAGAACUACGCAAAGUCCAUGGCCAAGCUGUCCAAGAUGGCCACCAACGGGACCCAGCUGGGGACCUUUGCACCCCUCUGGGAGGUUUUCCGCAUCUCCUCCGACAAGCUGGCGCUGUGCCACAUGGAGCUGAUGCGCAAGCUGCACGACCUCAUCAAGGAGAUCGCCCGCUACGGCGAGGAGCAGGGCCGGGUGCACAAGAAGUCCAAGGAGGAGGUGUCGGGGACACUGGAGGCCGUCCAGCACCUGCACGGCGUCACCCAGCUGCUGCCCAAGUCCAAGGAGCUCUACUACAGCAAGUGCCAGGAGUACGAGCGCCUGCGCCGCGAGGGCACCAGCCAGAAGGAGAUUGACAAGGCAGAGCUCAAGUCGAAGAAGGCGUCAGAGUCGCUGCGGCGGGCGGUGGAGAAGUACAACGCAGCCCGGGCGGACUUCGAGCAGCGCAUGCUGGACUCUGCCGUGCGGUUCCAGGAGAUCGAGGAGUCUCAUCUGCGGCACAUGAAGGGGCUGAUCGGCUCCUACUCGCACUCCGUGGAGGACACGCAUGUGCAGAUCGGGCAGGUGCAUGAGGAGUUCAAGCAGAACGUGGAGAACAUCGGCGUGGAGCUGCUGCUGCGGCGCUUUGCCGAGAGCAAGGGCACCGGGCAGGAGCGGCCAGGGGCACUGGACUUCGAUGAAUACCGGAUGGCCCCCAUGCAGGAAGGCAACGAGUCCACGGACGCCGACUUGACCUGCCCAGAGGUGGAUGAGGAGGGCUUCACUGUGCGCCCUGACGUCAACCAGAACAACGAGGCCGAGAACCACGGCUGCUCGUCCAGCGACUCGGACUACGACGAUGACGAGCCGCGCAAGUUCUACAUCCACAUCAAGCCGGUGCAGCCCCGCGAGGCGGGCGGCAGCGCCGAGGCCACCGACGAGCAGCUGAAGGCCACGGUGGGGAACCUCAUCCUGCCCCCCAGCAUCGGGGGCACGGUAAAGAGGCAGUCGUCACGACACGUCUCUGCGCUGAGCACGGCCCCGGCGGACGUGGCGCUGGCUGCGGGCGAGCCCACUGGGAAGGCCAAGCCAUGCAACCGCGCGGCCCGGAUCAACAGCUACAUUGGGAAACCCCGGCUGGAUGCGGCCUCUUCCACCGCCCUGUUCGGGCCCCCGCUGGAGUCUGCCUUCGAAGCAGAGGACUUCCCGGCGCCCCGCGCCUACGUCCUCACCUCCAGCCCCUCGCCCUUCUCCUCCUCGUCGCCAGAGAACGUGGAAGACUCGGGGCUGGACUCCCCGUCGCACCCGGUCACCGGCCCCUCGCCCGACUCCCGGCCCUGGACCCCGCGGCCUGGCACUCCCCAGAGCCCCCUCUCCCGGCAGACGUCCAAGGACUCCCCCACCUUCCCGGACGACCGGCGUGCCAUCCCCGCGGCCGCCCGCCCGUGGCCUCGCCCGGCGCCAGGUAUCCGGCUUUGCGAUGGCACCGCGCCGGCAGCGCCCGAGCCUUCGGCCCGCGCUGACCCUGCCCGCGCCCCCACCCAGCCCUGCACCGCCCCCAAGGAUGUCCCGGUGGUGGCCCCUCCUCGGCGAGUCCGGACCAAGAGGCCCUCGGCUGGGCAGGCUCUCGGCAGCAACAGCGACCUGUCCCGCUCCCUGAGCCCGUCCCCACUGUGGAGCUGUGGCCCGUCUCACUCCGCACCGGCCAGCCUGGGCGAGAGGGGCUUCUUCACAGCCGCGCAGCCUGCCCUCGGGCUUUCCCGCGGCCCCAGCCCUGUGGUGCUGGGCUCCCAGGACGCGCUGCCCGUGGCCACUGCCUUCACUGAGUACAUCCAUGCCUACUUCAAGGGUCGGGACCCCGACAGCUGCCUGGUGAAGGUCACGGGUGAGCUCACCAUGUCCUUCCCUGCCGGGAUCAUCCGUGUCUUCAGCGGGAGCCUGGCACCGCCCGUGCUCAGUUUCCGCCUGCUGCGCACGGCCUCUAUCGAGCAGUUCCUGCCCAACGCCGAGAUGCUCUACAGCGACCCAUCCCAGAGCGACCCCAGCACCAAGGACUUCUGGCUGAACAUGGCAGCGCUGACCGGGCACCUGCAGCGCCAGGCAGAGCAGGCCCCCACUGCCUCCUACUACAACGUGGCCCUGCUCAAGUACCAGUUCUCCAGGCUGGGCCCCAGCGCGGCCCCCCUGCAGCUCUCGGUGCGCUGGGACUGCCGCCUCUCGGCCAGCUGGCAGCCCCUGGACGGGCCCAGCCGGCCCAGCCCCGUGGCCGCCCAGUUCACCAGCGAGGGCAGCACCUUGUCAGGGGUGGAGCUGGAGCUGGUGGGCAGCGGGUACCGCAUGUCGCUGGUGAAGAAAAGGUUCGCUACAGGGAUUUACCUGGCUGGCUCGUGAGCGGUGCCAUCUCCAGCGGCCCCGCAAAGCUGCCGGCACGUGUCCCUUGGUGUCUCCUCCGUGGGUGUCUCUGUUUGUUGUUGGGUUUUAAGCACUGGAAGCAGCCGGAGGGGGAGGGUGCGGGCGGGAGGGGGCUAGGCCGGUUUUGGGGGCUCCGUGGGGGCACGUGUCCCCGCAGUCCAGGCAUGGUGCCCGGCUGGCUGGACGCAGCCCUGCUCCCUCCAGCGCGGCCCGAGUCCCUGCUGGGGCCAAACAGGCGCCCUGCUGCCCUGACACUGGGGAAGGGGAGUCACGGGGCUGGGGCUGCUCUUUUAAUAAACACUUUAUUUUCUAAUAAAAUGACC